GGGAAAACGCGCCCGGGCGCGGCGCGCGUGCGCAGUGGCGAGAGCCGAGCUGGGGGAAGCUUCGGCUCUUCCCGGCAGGUUCCGGAGGCGAGAGUCUCGUUGCUCCCCGCCCUCAAGCCUUCGGUUAUCUCCGCCCCCGCUUCGCCUAUCUCCGCCCCCGCUUCGGCAAUCGCCGCCUCUCUUCGUUAAGUUCCGCCGCCACUUCGGCAACUUCCGCCGGUUUGGUCGGAAAUGGCCGAAGACGUGCGAGACCCAGCGGUUUAAGGAGAGAAGACCGGCCGGCUUCUCGGAAUAAACCAAUUGUGUCCGGCCCGUGGGGGGGGAGCAGGGGAGGGCGGACGGAGCGGGAAGACGAGGCAGCGGCUAUGGCUCCCCCCCCAGCCACUCGCGGCUCCGCCGGGAGGGCGAAGUGAGGGCGCCGAGAGGCUCCAGACAGAUGAAUAGAGAGCUGGCUGCAGAAGAGGGACAGAUUCCAGUUUGCCAGCUGAUCACUGUGUACAAAGGGAAACCCUUGAGAUCAGCACUGGGAGGAAGAAGAGAGGUGGUGAAGGAGCUGAUGUGGGACAGAUCUGAGCCAAGGAGCUGAGGGACAGCAGGGAUGGCAGAGCCUCACCCUCCCAGCAGCGAUGAGAGAGACUGACCUGGCUCCUCCUGCCCCAGGGCUGCUGCCUCUGCAUAUUCAUGGCACGGUGAUGCAGGAUGUCGGCAGCAGCCCUCGACUGCGGCUCGGUCCCACCGCCUGUUCCUUCUGCUUGCCACUCUGAGUCACCAUGACAACGCUGUGACACUUCCAGCAGAGGUUGCAGGGGUGGGCUGGGGGUGGGCCAGGAGGUCAAUGCUGGAGUCUGACGGGAUCAGGAGUGGCACCUGCAGCAAAACCACCGCGGGAGAGCCGGGGCACGGCAGGAAGAUGAAAUUCCCCUUCCGUUGGCUCCUCCUGGAGCGGGCACAGUGACACUGCUGUAAAACUCCUGGUUAUGGCUACUGACCCGACGUGAUUGCGCGGCGGCUCCGAACUCAUGAGCGGCUAUACCAUGUUGCGCAAUGGGGGAGUGGGGAACGGAGGCCAGCCCUGGGUCUUGAGGUGGUCCAGUCGCAUCCGGCUCACCUGGCUCAGCUUCACCCUCUUCGUCAUCCUCGUUUUCUUCCCCCUCAUCGCCCACUACUACCUGACCACCAUCGACGACGCGGACGAUGCCGGCAAGCGCAUCUUCGGCCCCCGCGCCGGCAACGAGCUGUGCGAGGUGAAGCACGUGCAGGACCUGUGCCGCAUCCGCGAGUCGGUCAGCGAGGAGCUGCUCCAGCUCGAGGCCAAGCGCCAGGAGCUCAACAGCGAGAUCGCCAAGCUCAACUUGAAGAUCGAGGCCUGCAAGAAGAGCAUUGAGAAUGCCAAGCAGGACCUGCUGCAGCUGAAGAACGUCAUCAGUCAGACUGAGCAUUCCUACAAGGAGCUGAUGGCUCAGAACCAGCCCAAGCUCUCCUUGCCCAUCCGGCUGCUGCCGGACAAGGACGAUGCCACCUUGCCCCUGCCAAAAUCCAACAGGAACUGCAGGCUGCACAACUGCUUUGACUACUCCCGCUGCCCGCUGACAUCUGGCUUUCCGGUCUAUGUCUACAACAGUGAUGAUUACCCUUUUGGUAGCUCCUUAGACCCUUUAAUUAAACAGGCCUUUGAGGCGACUGUCAGAACUAAUGUUUAUGUUACUGAAAAUGCAAAUAUUGCUUGUGUGUAUAUAAUUUUAGUGGGGGAAAUGCAAGAGCCUGUAAUGCCAAAACCUACUGAACUAGAGCAACAGUUGCACUCUUUGCCAUAUUGGAGGACUGAUGGGCACAACCAUCUCAUCAUCAAUCUGUCGAGGAAGUCGGAAACUCAGAACUUUAUUUACAACAUCAGCACGGGGCGGGCCAUGAUCGCCCAGUCCACCUUCUACGACGCCCAGUAUCGGCCGGGCUUUGACAUCGUGGUGUCACCUCUGGUCCACGCCAUGUCCGAGCCCAACUUCCUGGAAAUCCCCCCCCAGGUGCCGGUGAAGCGUAAGUACCUGUUCAGUUUCCAGGGGGAGAAGAUCGAGUCUCUGCGCUCCAGCUUGCAGGAGGUUCGCUCUUUCGAAGAGGAGAUCGAAGGCAACGCCCCGGCCGACUACGACGACCGGAUCAUCACCACCUUGAAGGCUGUUCAGGACAGCAAGCUGGACUUUGUUCUGGUGGAGUUCACCUGUAAGAACCAGCCUAAGGCCAGCCUGCCCACUGAGUGGGCUCUGUGUGGAGAAAGGGACGACAGACUAGAGCUACUGAAGCUUUCUACUUUUGCACUGAUCAUCACCCCCGGGGACACCCGUUUAGUGAUCUCGGCCGGGUGUGCCAUGAGACUGUUCGAGGCCCUGGAGGUCGGGGCCAUCCCGGUGGUUCUCGGAGAGCAGGUUCAGCUGCCCUACAACGACGUCAUCCGGUGGAACGAGGCAGCCUUAAUCAUACCAAAGCCACGCAUCACAGAAGUGCACUUCCUUCUGAGGAGCAUUUCUGACAACGAUCUCCUCGCCAUGAGGAGGCAGGGCCGCUUCCUGUGGGAGACCUACUUCUCCACCUCCGACAACGUCUUCAGCACAGUCCUAGCCGUCAUAAGGACUCGAAUCCAAAUCCCAGCUGCUCCCAUCCGAGAAGAACCCGCUGUGGAGAUCCCCCACCGUUCUGGCAAAGCUGCUGGCACAGACCCCAAUAUGGCAGACAAUGGUGACCUGGACCUGGGGCCUGUGGAAACAGAACCACCCUACGCCUCUCCCAAGUAUCUCCGCAAUUUCACCCUCACCGCCAUGGAUAUCUACAGGAAUUGGAAUUCUGCCCCUGGGCCUUUCCACCUCUUCCCCUACACCCCCUUUGACCCCGUUUUACCAUCAGAAGCGAAAUUUUUGGGGUCUGGGACUGGAUUUCGACCCAUUGGUGGAGGAGCAGGUGGCUCUGGGAAGGAGUUCCAGGCUGCCCUGGGUGGCAACGUCCCGCGGGAGCAGUUCACGGUGGUGAUGUUGACUUACGAGCGGGAGGAAGUGCUGAUGAACUCCCUAGAAAGGCUCAAUGGCCUCCCCUACUUAAAUAAAGUUGUGGUGGUGUGGAACUCUCCCAAGCUUCCCUCCGAGGAUCUCUUGUGGCCAGACAUUGGCGUCCCAAUCAUGGUGGUGCGCACGGAGAAGAACAGCCUGAACAACCGGUUCCUGCCCUGGGACGAGAUCGACACCGAGGCCAUCCUGUCCAUCGACGACGACGCGCACCUGCGGCACGACGAGAUCAUGUUCGGCUUCAGGGUGUGGAGAGAGGCCAGGGAUCGCAUCGUGGGCUUCCCGGGGCGCUACCACGCCUGGGACCUCCCCCACCAGUCCUGGCUCUACAACUCCAACUACUCCUGUGAGCUCUCCAUGGUGCUCACUGGUGCUGCCUUCUUCCACAAGUACUACGCGUACCUGUACUCCUACGUGAUGCCCCAGGCCAUCCGCGACAUGGUGGACGAGUACAUCAACUGCGAGGACAUCGCCAUGAACUUCCUGGUGUCCCACCUGACCAGGAAACCUCCCAUCAAGGUGACCUCCCGCUGGACCUUCCGCUGCCCCGGCUGCCCCCAGGCGCUGUCCCACGACGACUCCCACUUCCACGAGCGGCACAAGUGCAUCAACUUCUUUGUGAAGGUGUACGGGUACAUGCCCCUGCUCUACACGCAGUUCCGCGUCGACUCGGUCCUCUUCAAAACCCGCCUGCCCCACGACAAGACCAAGUGCUUCAAGUUCAUCUAGGCCUGGCAGCAGCAGGAGCAGGAUGGCAGCAGCUGGGCACGCCCAGCCUGCAGGAGAAGCUGCUCUGUGGGGCUGUGAGUGUUGAGGCCCUUUGCUCUGGACUCUGGCCUCACACACGGGAUUGGGAUGGGCACUUCCCUCCUUCCCUGUGCUCCCACAGCAGGGAAUGGGGUCCCAUGGCUCCUGACAGUAAACACAGGGAAUGGGGUCCCAUGGCUCCUGAGAGGAAACACAGGGAAUGGGAUCUCCCACGGCUCCUGGAAUGGGGUCCCAUGGCUCCUGAGAGGAGACACAGGGAAUGGGAUCCCAUGGCUCCUGGAAUGGGAUCCCAUGGCUCCUGAGAGGAAACACAGGGAAUGGGAUCUCCCACGGCUCCUGGAAUGGGAUCCCAUGGCUCCUGACAGUAAACACAGGGAAUGGGAUCCCAUGGCUCCUGGAAUGGGGUCCCAUGGCUCCUGAGAGGAAACACAGGGAAUGGGAUCUCCCAUGGCUCCUGUAAUGGGAUCCCAUGGCUCUGCAAGGACACCCAGGCAAUGGGAUCCCAUGGCUCCUGUAAGGAAAUACAGGCAGUGGAAUCCCAUGGCUCCUCAAGGACACCCAGCAAUGGGAUCUCCCGUGGCUCCUGGAAUGGGAUCCCAUGGCUCUGCAAGGACACAGGCAAUGGGAUCCCAUGGCUCCUCAAGGACACCCAGGCAGUGGGAUCCCAAGGACACUCCCAUGAAUUGUACACUGAGGAAUGGCCACACUGGCUCUGCCCCUUUGCUAGCCAAGGGCAGCAGUUCUUUUUAAUUCUAAUUAUUGUUAUUUAAAAUGAAAGUGGUUUAGAUUUGCCGCCUGAGGCGCUUUUUUGUUUUCUUUUCUUUCCCCUCCUCUCCCCAGCCCAUUUUCCCCUCUGGACCCCUCAGCCCAUCCCAGGGACCGUAGCCAGGCCAGGCUGGAGGUGUUUGGGUGCAGCUCCUGUCACACUGCUGUCCCCAUCCUUCCCACCCACCAGAUCCUGGCUCCAGUGUCACCUGCUGAGGAGCCCUUUGCUCUGCUCUGCUCCCCACCCUGAGCCCCUGCAGAGGGGCAGGUUGGCCUGGAUGGUCCUUCCUGGCUCCUGGUGCUGUUCCCCUGCUCUACCUGGGGGUUCAGUUGCUGCUGUCUCUGUCUUUUCCCUUGUCCUGCUGAUCCUCUACAGACAGGGAGUGUGUCUGGGGCUUAGGGAAGAUCCACCUGCAGCACAGCCAGGGCUCAGAGUGUUCCAGGCUCCUGGGGGCUCUGACCCUUCUCUGUGCUCAGCCCAGCCUGGGUGUGCCAGAGCUGCAAUUCCUGCUCUGCCUUAAGCCCAGCCCAGCCUCACCCCUGGCUUUGGGCUGUGUCCCAGGUUUAAUCCCAACAGGAGCUUUCCAGUGUGUGAUGCUGCUGGGAUCACAUUCACAGCAUGGACUGGGAGCUGGUUCCUCUCUCCCACAGCAAAAUGCUGUCACACCUGUGACCCCUGAGCUCAGCUGCUGCUCCAUCCUGCUUCAGGGCAGCACAGCAGGGAAGGGCAGCCUGGAGAAGCUCUUGCUGGGGGGGCCUGGAUGUCACCCCUGGUGUGUCUCUGGUGUGUGGGAGCAGGGAUGGUCCAGCAGCAGCUCCUGGGCUCAUUCCCAAGGUCCAAGCCCCUCCUGCACCACGUUUUGGGGUCUCUCCAAACUCUUCUCCCCAGGUUUUUCCAUCAGCACUGACACUUCCUCAUGGGAGGGGAGGGAAGGAGCAGCCUGUUCUCAGCAGAGCCCAUGGCUCGUGCCUUCACCAGCAGCACUGACCACAGCAAAACACAGAUCAAGGAAUCUUCUCCUAUGGUUUCUUUCCCCUUUCCAAUCCCUUUUUGCUUUAACAUCAGAUGCCCAAAACACAGCACAUGUCAGAGUCUCCUUAAAAAUGCCACGGGAGAUCCUGCAAGGCCCUGGAACACCUGGAAGAGUUCUGUGCCCUGCAGAAGGGGAAAUGUGGCUCUUGUCAGGAGCUGUGCCAGCUGCAGCAUUCCAGGGGCCUCAGCUCCUCCUGCAGGCUUUAAUUCCUCAUCAGUGGGGGUUCAUGAGCAGCAGAGCCGUGGCUCAGGUACAGCCAGGCCCUCCCAGAGCAGUGAUGUGGGCAUGCACUGCACUUUAUCCAGGCACAGGCACUGCUCAGAGCCCUCAGGCUUCCCAAAGUCCAGAGGGAAUUCCAGUGGGAGCCUGGGGGAGCAGGGAUGGGAUGGGAGGUGUUGGCAUUGCCCAGUGGGGUCGGGAUGCCCAGGCUGGGAAUUCUGCUUUCCCUUGCUGUGUUUGAGAUCAGGGAUCAGCAGAGCAAAUCAGCUGUUCUUCCUCCAGGCUCUCCGGCCUUUCUCCCAAGCUGGUUUUUUGUUGGGAGGAUCCCCCUGUCCAUUGUGCUGUGUCCCUGUGGGAUCUCUCUGGGUGUCAUGGGAUGAAUUCCUCCUUGCUGAGCGUCCCUAAAGGGGCAGGACUGGGGGGUGAAGGGGUGAAAAGGCCCAAAGGGAGAUAGCUGGGCAGCAGCAGCGUUGGGAGGGAUGGAAUUCUGUGAGGAAAUGAAAUGGCAGCAGGAACACCUUCCCCACCCACAGCACUGUGCUGCCCUCCCAGUCCUGCUGCUGCUGAGUUCCCAAAUCACCCCAGACAUCACCGGACCCCUGGAGUACAGCGCUGGGAGUCACAGCCCAGCUCUGUGCUCCCGAGCCACGCCAGGAUCUGAGGCUUGUCCAGAGUGCUCCACCCGUGCCACCACCCCAGACAUCCUUCCCUGCUCCCACCCAUCCUUCUCCCGGGACUUUCGGGGCACCCCAGGCUCACCCCGAAGCUCAGGUUUGGUUGUGUGAUCCAUCCCAGCCCCUGGGGCAGCCCUGAGGAGCUGGGAGGGGCUCUUGGCAGCUGCACCUUUUCCCAGCAGAAUUUCUGCUGCUUCCCCCGGGCACGGAGCGAGGCCUUUCCCGCUGUAAAUAGGACUGAGGUGACACGGCCCCCGCCCUCCCCUUGUGCCCACGGUGCCCUGAGCACCAGGAUUUCAAAUCCAACCGGAACUGAGAGACAAGGAACACUCCUUCGACACGAGCACAAUGUUGAGUUUUUUGUAAAAGGUUCCAAUAAAUGGACAGUUUAACUUGG